GGGGCAUUUGAGACUAUGGCAAGACUUAUUUGUCUUCUUCAGGUCACCAAACACCAAACUUUCAAUUUUGAAAUAAAAAUAUUUUUUUUUCUUUUAAAAGAAAAACCCUUCAAGUCAAUCAAUUACUACCCUAGAAUUCAGUUUGUGCUAAUUUAGGCGGCGGGAUUCGAUUUGAUGAACCGCUGACGGUGGUGACCGGUGAGUCGAUUUUAGGACGAAUUGAACAAACGAAAGCAGGUGCAGAAAUGCUGGAGGAGGAUUUGGUGGAUAUAAAGUUCAGGAUUUAUGAUGGCUCAGAUAUCGGACCGUUUCGAUACUCCGCCACAUCGACGGUGGAUAUGCUUAAGCAAAGAAUUGUCUCUGAUUGGCCCAAAGGUAAGACAAUUGUUCCAAAAUCAGUGAAUGAAGUCAAGCUGAUAAGUUCUGGUAAAAUUUUGGAGAACAACAAGACCGUUGGUCUGUGUAAAGUACCCUUUGGUGAAGUUCCGGGUGGGGCUAUAAUAAUGCAUGUUGUAGUACAGCCAUCCCUUGCAAAAGCUAAAACAGAAAAGAAGAUUGAUGAUUCACCCAGAAAGACUGUCUGCUCAUGUUCUAUUUUGUGAAGGACAACAUGCGGUGUUGGAAAAAUCAUACAUGACGGUGAACCAUGUUUAGGAACGUAAACAUUGUCUCGGAGUAUUUAUGUGUAUGUUCGUCACAGAGCCCAUGUGUGCAAGUUGGUAAUGGAGUGAGUGAUGAAUGAUGUGCAAUUUUAGUUUCUUUGGUUCCUUAAGACUUUUUAUCUGGUUGGUUUCAAAUAUUGGCUUUGAAUUAUUUGUAAAGUUGUAUAGACUACUCCACGUAAAGACGAAAUGUACACCAAAUUGGAAGGAUGAAUGCCUUUGUAUAAAAUGCUAUCCGUUACUAAUAAUGAAAUGUUUCCUAUUCGGCAUGCUAUGGAAGAAUAGGCAUUUCCUUGCAGGUGAUAAA